GAGAGAGAGAGAGAGAGAGGAGAGAAAACGGGGCAGCGUCAUUGCGCCAUUCUUGGAAAAAAAAGAGUGGGAUUUAAAGAAGUGUUGCUGGAGGACGUGGACCAGACUGAAGCCGCUUCUCGUGACCUUCUGCUCCGCUGCUCCUCUGGAUCUCAGCACUAUGCUCCUCACACAUGACGGAUGGGAGGAUAAAAGUUCGCAGGAUUUCUUUCUCCAGCUCAGAAAAGCCACUCACGGUCCACAGCUCUGCGUUCUCAGCGUCGCUGUGCGCGCCUUUGGUCCGGUCCGGACUGGAACGGCGCUCUUCGUGGACCCGGUCUCAGGCGGAGCCUCGCGCUCUCAGAGGAUGAGAGACUCGGAGCGGAGCGGACUUUCCUGCACCGGACAGCUCCGGUGUUUCUGAACGGACUCACGUUUCCUGCGAUGCCGGUGUGUUGGGAGAGUAAAGAGCUUUAGGAUGAAAGUUGAGAAGCGUGUCUGUCUCCUGCUGAGCUGUUGGACUCUCAUUUACCUGCAGACCGUCCUCGCUUCACUCAGCCGGACCAGAACCACCGAGCUCCAGCACCGGCACCGGUUUGGAGAGGCAGCGCAGAGCGCGACGGGAACCGGCGGCUCCGCACCAGCAGGCGGCACCGGCGGGGCGUGGAGACCGUCAGCGGCGAUUCCGCCGAGAAUCACGCGUAUCCACGCAGGUCCCGCGGUAAUCAAAGCCGAGGUUUCUGUGGUUAAAGGCGCAGUGACAUCAGCCUCCUCCUCGCCGGUGACCCGCGCGCAGCAGCAGCAGCGCGACAGAGCAGCGGCCAGCGUGGCGCGCAAAGACCCCCUGCGCUCUUGGGACGCUCGCACUAAAGCUCACGCUCCCGCGGCGUUUAGCGCACACGCAGAUGGGAAGGGAGUCCGGACUGCGUCUCCUGCAGGUGGAGGCGGUGGGUCAGCGGGGAGAAGCGCGGGGAAAGCUGCUCCCGGUGCAGCCAAAGCGGCGGUGGCAGCGCGCACCGGGACUGCGCAAAGAGCCGCCUUUGCGCAAAAGCAGCAGCAGCAGCAGCAGCAGCAGAAGCAGAAAAACGCGGCUCCGGUGGCGCAGCGGGGAACCAGCCACAAAACCCUGAGAGUGAACGAGCAUCACAAGCAGCCGCUGGUGAUUCCUCACGACUACAUGCUGUCGCUGUACUGGACUCUGACCAGCGGGGAGCACAACAACCGCAGCAGCAGCAGCGCCGCUGCGCACGAGGCGGCGCUGGCCAACACCAUCACCAGCUUCGUGGACAAAGGUCAAGAUGAGCGCGGACCCCAGCUGAGGCGGCAGAGGUAUCACUUCAACAUCAGCUCUCUGGAACGGGACGGGCUCCUGGGGGCCGAGCUGCGCAUCCUGAGGAAGCGCAUGUCUGACCCCCGCAGAGUGUCACUGGGAUCCGUGGGUGCUGAGGGAGAAGUGGGUGGAGGAGGCUCGUCCCCGUCCCUGAAGCUGUUCACUUGUGCUUCAGGCAAACAAAAGGCCGCUCUUCUCCAGACGAAGACCGUUGAGGACGUGGUCAGUGGAUUCAGCGGCAGAUGGGAAGUGUUUGACAUAUGGAAAGCACUCAAGGAUUUAAAGAACCAGCAGCAGCAGCUGUGCUUUGAGCUGGAGGCACUCGAGCACCGAGGUGGUCGACCCGCGGACCUGAGAACUCUCGGGUUCGCCCGCUUUGGCCGGACCAACAAGGAGAAGGCCUUCCUCUUAGCAUUUGGCAAAAGCAAGAAGCGCGAUCUUUUUUACAACGAGAUCAAAGCACGGUCAGGCCACGACAACAAAACUGUCUACGAAUACCUGUUCACCCAGAGACGAAUGCGCAGAGCUCCUGCCGUGAGGGGCGCCAAAAAGCCGCCGCUGCAGCAGCCGCCGCCGCCACCGCAGUCUGUCCCCCAACACCAAGCGGUGAAGACAAGGCCGCGCUGCAACCGCAAACACCUCCAUGUAAACUUCAAGGAGAUGGGCUGGGACGACUGGAUCAUCGCGCCGCUGGAGUACAACGCAUACCACUGCGACGGCGCCUGUGACUUCCCCAUCCGCUCGCACCUGGAGCCGACCAACCACGCCAUCAUUCAGACCCUGAUCAACUCCAUGGACCCGGAGGCGGCGCCGCCCACCUGUUGCGUCCCCACGCGACUCUCCCCGAUCAGUAUCCUCUACAUCGACUCGUCCAAUAACGUCGUCUACAAGCAAUACGAGGACAUGGUGGUGGAGGCGUGUGGCUGCAGGUAGCGAAGGAUAGUGGGAGGAGCUGUGUCUCAAUUCAGGGACGUCUCCUUCACAGGAUGCAGCCGACGAAGGCAGAUGCGCCUUUGUGGACUGCAAAGGAUUAGACGGUCUGGCCUACGAAGGAUUACAGAGCUGCAGUGGACGUCGUACCAUGCACUACCGUGCAACGAUGUGUGGCAUAACACGUAAACCAAAGAAAUCAGGUCUUAAGGCUCCUUGUUUUUGUUUUUUUUACAUGUGCUCUAUUUGCCCGGUUCGUGUUUUUAAAACUCUGUUCUUUUGUUUUGCCACCAACAUUUAACAUUUGACUUCAGUGCACAGUGAAUACUGAGGACACACGUGGAGGAAACUUUGGAAUGGGACAGUCGCAACGCUGUGAUGCAGCCUCUAAAGGAGGCGGGGCCUGAAUUGAGACACGGCCCAGAGAAAGACGCUUCCCGUCCUACAUUAACAGGAACAGUUAAACACAACAAGUGGGCUGAUGCUAAAGUACGGUUUCUGGAUCACUCAUGUUACUAGCAUGAGCUAAGAAUUAAAACCCCUCAAUAUUAUAUAAGACAACAACAGAAGAACCAAAAGUGACCAGAAACCCGUCUCCUAUAAAAGUACCUUAAAGCGAUACUUUUAGAGUACAAGUAUGUGAGCAGAAAAUGACAUUUACU